AUUUUCCAGGUUGAGUAACAAGUAUGAAAAAUAAAUUUCAAAAAUAUUUAAAUAUUUAAAAAUAUUUGAAUUUAUAGACUUUAUUUGUCAUCUCAUCUGUCCAUCUGGAAUGUCUUCAAUUAAUCAAUCAUAGUCCAUUGUUCUUACAUUUAAGUGUACUAAAAAAGGACUGAAUAUUUGACUCUGGAAAAGAAUUGACUUGAAUAAUAUGUUGGAGCCCUGUAGUAAACCUUCUAAUGUUUUCCCUUUUGGAUGAAAUAAAUUCAUUUCUGAUGUUCUCUACAUUUUGAAGGUAAGGUAAGGUAAUUUUAUUUAUAUAGCACAUUUUCAGCAACAAGGCAAUUCAAAGGGCUUUACAUGAAUUUAAAGGAAAUACAAACACAAGCUCUAUUUCAACUUUUUUUUAACUUAAAUAUUUGCUUCCAAGUAAACAAUCACACAUUUAGGAUGUUUAUUUACCAGACUGUUGUAAAGUGCAUGUGUGUACUCUACCGCAGAACAAACUUCCCUCCACUUUACAGCCCGCCCUCCCGUACUCUAUAGGAGACCACAUUUAAAAUGAAACCCCACCUGAAAUCUCCCAGAGACCAAUCCGCUAGAGAAAGGUCAGCGCCGAUGGCACACCCUCCGUUGUUCGAAGCCAAUCAGAGUGGAAGGGCAGCAUUUUGCCUGAGGGUAAAACUUACCCCUGGAUGUGUUAAUUACGCAUCACUAAGCUGUUGCCAAUGUGUUCACAACCGUGGACUGUCUUUUGGGCUUUUUGCAGCGGUUGUCUUCAUUCUUUAGUCAGUUUAGUAUGGAAAGUAGACAACAAUGGCUUACCAGGCUGAAAAAUGAACUUAGCAACAGUCCGCUGGUAUCAAAUGUGGCUUUCGGGUUCAUCCUCAUGGGACUAGAGAAGCUCGUGGAGCUGGAGUUUGAGUGUCCUUGCAACCCUACUUGGAAUGGAGCGUUUUCAUCAGCAUUCUUCAUCAUUCCUGCUGUCAUGGCCUUCACCUUGAUGCAGAUCAUCCAGGGAUGCAGGUGCAACGUGUGGUGCAGGAAAAUGGUUUCCCUCUCUAGUUUCGUUCCUGCUGUCGUUUGGCUGAUCUUGUUGUUCCUGGACGGCCAGUACUUUGCCUGUGCUAUGACAGACUGGGAUGGAAGAUUUGUCCUUGUUGACAAGGCAGCUCCGCAGAAGUGGUGUGAGCCAGUUACAGAGGGAGACGUCACCCCACAAGAAUUAAUGCUCCGCUCACAGCGGUUGUUUGUGUUUUCUCAGGUAAUAGGAAUAAUCCUCCUCAUUUUCAUCUGUGCGGGUCUGGUAGUGUAUGUAAUCAGAGAAAGCUGCCAACAGGAGGUGGAGAUGCAAGAUGCAGAUGUGGCUGAGCUCACUGUGCUCAGGAUGAGCUCUCUACGGACCAGAACAUCAUGAGUGGACCUACCCUGCCCUACACAGACACUUUGUAAAUACCACAAAAAGACUUGACGGGAGUUUUUUUUAAUCGCCCCCCUCAGGAUAUUUUGGGGGCAUUUAAAAGAUAUUUGAAAAUCUGUCUGAAAAUUCUCCAUCAGGUCAUAGUAAUGUAAGUGUUUCAACAUUUGACAACUGGACUUCUUCUCUUUGUUUUUUUUUCCUUGAAAAAUUCCUCAAAAGUAAAUGUGUGUCGAAUGAUCCCAGGUGUCAGUGUUCAAAGGAAAAUUGUGUGUUUUUUGUAUAAGUAUUGAGGAAUGAGUAUAUAUAACUGUCCUCUCUUGGUGCUUCCUCACCUGGGACACCAGUGCAGCAAUUUCAUUCCUAAUCAAGGUGUGGGUUAAUGUUUUUAAAAUAUCUGGUAUUUUCGUUUUUCUUUGUUUUAUUGCUAUAGUUGAGAUGAGACAAAA